UGACCACUAUACUGAAUGGCGCAUAAUCCCGGUUUAUCCCAAUACGCAUGCUCAGAAGAACAAAACUCCUCCCUCCCACGUGUAUAUGCAUAUAUGGAGAGGAUUACAAAAAGAUUAGCUUGUGACUUGUCUCAGCUACAGAAUGUAAUUAAACGUGAUCCACAUUCAUACUUAGAAGAGUUUCAGCUCCAGUUGCAUCAUUAUACUGCUCUGUUGAAACUCCUUCUCUUAGAUCCUGGGAAUGAAGCAAAGCCGUUCCAAGAACUUGUCAUUUUUCUUGCUCAAGUAUGUCAUUGCUAUCCUCAGCAAAUGUCGUCAUAUCCAAAGGAAAUUGACUCAUUGUUAACCGAGCAUGCUUCAGUACUUCAUCCUGACUUGAGAAUGGCACUCUUCAAAUCAUUGACAAUAAUGAGAAAUAAAGAUCUGAUCUCACCAGAGAGGUUACUAGAGUUAUGUUUCAUUCUCUUUCGUUGCCAAGACAAGCUAUUAAGAUCGGCGAUACCAUGGUACUGCAGUCAAAUGUCACUGGAUGUGAUGGUGGAGCUGUUCAAAUCCCACGUUUGGAAUGAUGCCAAGACUGUUAAUAUCAUUUCAGUUGGUUGUUUCUCACCAUUCCAUAGUGUAGUCACAGCUUCUCUGAAGUUUUUUCUUAAUCAGAGUACUCCGAAUGAGGACUCCAGCGAUGAUGACGAUGAUGAGGAGGAGAUUCGUCAGAAGAUGGUGCAUACUAAGCAACUAAAGGGGAAACAAAAGCAGAAGAAAAUUGAGAAAACGCUAAAAGUUUUAAAAAAGCAGAAGAGAAAGAAGAAAUCAAAGACAGAAGCAUCAUUUCUUGCUAUUCAUCUAAUACAUGAUCCGCAAGAUUUUGCUGAGAAGUUGUACAAGAAGCUUGAAGGAUGUCGUGAGAAGUUUGACGUCCGCGUCAUGUUAAUGAACCUCAUAUCAAGACUCAUUGGAAUACACAAGUUGAUAUUACUGAACUUUUAUUCUUACCUUCAAAGAUACUUGCAACCUCAUCAGAAACAUGUGACGCUACUCCUCACAUUUCUCACUUAUGCCAGUCAUGAGCAUGUCCCCACUGAAACUAUAGAGCCAGUCCUUAGAUGUCUUGCAAAUAAUUUUAUUACUGAUAGGAAUUCUGCCGAAGCAAUAUCACUCGGGCUACACACAAUCAGUGAUGUUUGUGCUAGAUGCCCAACUGCACUAUCAGAGGAUUUACUGCAUGAUCUGACACAGUAUAAGAGUUAUCGUAAUAAAACUGUAGUAGCUGGGGCAAGGUCUAUCAUCAAUGUGUUCAGGACAGUCAAUCCUGACAUGUUAUUGAAGAAAGAUAGAGGGAAGAUGGUAAAGGAAGAGGAAGAAGAGGGUUCUGAUGAUGAAGAGGGUAACAGUGAUAGUGACACUGGAGGAGGAGAGACUGAUGGAGAGGGUGAAUAUGCUGGCAAGGAAGAGAAUAGUUUUUUAUCAUAUCCCGAGACAGCUCUUAUGAAUAAGGGCAAGAAGCCAGAGGCAGUGGGUCCCAAGGUUCACAAGUUCACUAAGAAGCCAAGGGCCCCCAGCAGCACCACUAACAAAGAGAAAAUGAAAUCAAAGCCCUUUUCCAUGAUGAGGCAGAAGAAAAGCCUCCGCGGCAAAAAGAAGAGGUCAUUCAGAGAGAAACAAGUUGCAUUGAGGAAUUCGUUACUUAAAAGAAAAAAGAACAGUAGAUAAUGGACUGUAUAGUUUAAGUAUCUUAGUGUUUAAAAUAAUGAUUUUUAAAUAA